AUGGUUGUUCGAUAUCUUCCGAGAAAACUCUUAAACAACGGGCUACGAAGAAGCUUUUAUGGAUCAACACUUCGAUAUAAUGCCCACAUACCUUCCCUAAUCGACAAAAAGAUCAGUCUCGAUAAAGAGAACUACAUCAAACAAGUCCAAGAGAGGAUAGACAAAAUUCCCAUUGAAAACUACCGAAACUUCAGUGUAGUUGCACACGUCGACCACGGCAAAUCCACUCUAUCGGAUCGAUUUCUCGAGCUAACCGGAGUCAUACAACCAGGGCUGAACAAACAGGUUCUCGAUAAAUUGGAUGUGGAGCGAGAACGAGGCAUCACUGUCAAAGCUCAAACGUGCACAAUGUUUUACACGGAUCCAACCACAGAACAAGAUUAUCUUUUGCAUUUAGUAGAUACCCCUGGACACGUUGAUUUCCGCUCAGAGGUAUCAAGAUCAUACGCGUCUUGUGGAGGAGCGUUGCUCUUGGUGGAUGCUUCUCAAGGAGUCCAGGCCCAAACAGUAGCGAAUUUCUUCCUUGCGUAUAGCAUGGGAUUGAAACUUAUACCAGUUAUCAACAAAAUCGACUUGGAUGCAGCCGAUAUCCCAGCUGCCGUACAACAGGUGGAGACAACAUUUGAACUUCCAAGCGAAGAAUGCAUUCCCGUGAGUGCCAAAACUGGUCUUAAUGUUGAGAAGAUUCUCCCUCGAGUCAUAAGCGAUAUUCCUUCACCUGGUGGAACCUUGGACCUGCCUUUGAGAGCAUUGCUUGUGGACUCAUGGCAUGACCCAUAUGUUGGAGUGGUGAUGUUGGUGUUUGUUGUAGAUGGAGUGGUAAAAAAAGGUAUGAAAUUGGUUUCGUAUCAUACAGACAAGAAGUAUGAAGUUAAACAAACUGGAAUUAUGUACCCUGACAAAUUACCCACUGAAACCCUAAAGGCUGGUCAAGUGGGCUACAUUAUUCCAGGAAUGAGAAACCCUAGAGAUGCCAAGAUUGGUGAUACGUUCCUCCAGCUUGGAAAACAUGAAGGAUUGGAACCUCUUCCCGGCUUUGAAGAGUUGAAACCGAUGGUUUUCAUGGGGGCAUUCCCAGCAGAUAGUUCUGAGUUCAAGGUAAUGAACGAUCACAUUGAGAACUUGGUUUUGAACGAUAGAGCCGUGACAUUGGAAAAGGAAACGUCCGGUGCUUUGGGUUUGGGUUGGAGACUCGGGUUUUUAGGGUCUCUACAUGCUAGUGUGUUUCAAGAGAGACUUGAUAAGGAGUACGGUGCCAAGAUUAUUUUAACAGCUCCAACAGUCCCUUAUAAAGUCAACUACCGGGACGGAUUAGAACAAAUAAUUACCAAUCCAGCACAGUUUCCCACGUUGGCACAUACUAUCGAAGAGAUCCUGGAGCCUUUUGUUGAGGCCAUCAUGACGAUUCCAGAGGAAUAUGUGGGAGUGGUGAUGUCCUUGUGUGAGAACAAUAGAGGUGAACAGAAGGACUUGGAGUAUUUGACUACAGGACAAGUUCUCUUGAAGUAUGAACUUCCCUUAGCUCAAUUAGUUGAAGACUUCUUUGGAAAGCUAAAAGGGAGUACUAAGGGCUAUGGUACAUUGGACUAUGAGGAUGCUGGCUACAGAAAGUCUGAUGUGGUGAAGAUGGAGUUAUGUGUUAAUGGUGAACCUCAGGACGCAUUGACCCAAGUAAUGCACCGUUCCCAAGUUACCACUAAGGGCAGGUCCAGUGUUGAUAAGUUCAAAAAGUUCUUGAGAUCUCAAUUAUUCGAAGUCGCCGUUCAGGCCAAAGUCAACAACAAAGUCAUUGCCAGAGAGACCAUUAAAGCCAGAAGAAAAGAUGUCACCCAAAAGCUUCAUGCUGCAGAUAUUUCCAGAAGAAAGAAAUUGUUGGAAAGACAGAAGGAAGGUAAGAAACAGAUGAAGAGUACUGGAAGAAUCCAUAUCGAUCACAAUACAUUCCAGGAGUUCUUGAGAAGCUCAGGUCCUUAA